AUGGCUGACAGGUUUAAACCAAAACUCAUUAUUGCCGGGGCUAGUGCUUAUCCUCGUGAUUUUGACUAUCCUCGUAUGAGGAAGAUUGCGGAUGCUGUUGGUGCUUUUCUUAUGAUGGAUAUGGCUCACAUAAGUGGUCUUGUUGCUGCUUCUGUGCUUGCAAAUCCUUUUGACUACUGCGAUAUUGUGACCACAACAACACACAAGUCUUUAAGAGGCCCAAGAGGUGGAAUGAUCUUCUUCAAGAAAGAUACAGUUCUUGGGGUUGAUUUAGAAUCUGCCAUCAACAAUGCUGUUUUUCCAGGUUUACAGGGUGGUCCUCAUAACCACACUAUUGGGGGCCUUGCAGUUUGCUUGAAGUAUGCACAGUCCCCAGAAUUUAAGGCUUACCAGAACAAGGUGGUCUCUAAUUGUAGGGCUCUUGCAAGCCGAUUGACUGAACUUGGAUACAAACUAGUUUCUGGUGGAAGUGAUAAUCAUCUGGUUCUUGUGGAUUUGCGGCCUUUAGGGAUCGAUGGAGCUCGAGUGGAGAAAAUUCUUGACAUGGCUUCUAUUACCCUCAACAAGAAUUCAGUACCUGCUGUAAUGUUUGAUGAAAUAGGUGAUAAAAGUGCUGUAGUGCCCGGUGGCAUUCGCAUCGGAUCACCUGCCAUGACGACAAGGGGAUUCACCGAGAAAGAAUUCAUAGCAGUUGCGGACUACAUUCAUGAGGGUGUGCAGAUAACGAUUGAUGCUAAACGCGCAGUAUCAGGAUCAAAGCUUCAAGAUUUUAUGAGGUUUGUUGCUUCCCCUGAAUUCUCUCUAAAGGAUCAGGUGUCAGAUCUGCAGAGAAGAGUUGAAGGGCUUACCACCCAGUUCCCAAUACCUGGAGUAUAA